UUUCAUAAUAUUGGGCCGCAAAUACAAAAUCGAGAAACAAUAGUUUAUUUUAUCAAACAAUUCGAACCCGUGCACAUAAAACGGCCACAAAAUGCGCCUCACGGGUGUGCUGCAAAAGGUUGGCGAGUGGUCGAAAAAGUUUGCCAACUUUCCAGAUUCCUACGUUAAACGUUCCAUGGAGCAGGUUUACUGGAAAACACCCCGCGGAAAGCCCCAGUAUCUACCGCGCACUGUUGAGCGGAAAAAGUUUCGCUUCACCACCAACCGCCCAUGGUCGGGACAGUUCCGGCAACAGAAUAUGCCGGGCACCAUCCGGAAGAAGGUGUUCCUUGAACCGAUCGCCCAGUGGAGCUUUUUCCGGGGCGAUCGAGUGGAGGUGCUGGUGGGCAGAGAUAAAGGUAAACAGGGCAUCGUGAGCCAGGUGAUACAGGAACGCAACUGGGUCAUCGUCAGUGGUCUUAACUGUCACCUGCGGAAGGUUGCGGACGAAAAGGAGUAUCCGGGCAUCAUGAUCCGUUCCGAGAGCCCACUGCUGGUGACGAACCAAGUGCAGCUGGUGGAUCCAUCGGAUCUUCAGGCGACACCGAUCGAGUGGCGCUACACGGAGGACGGAGAGCAGGUGCGGGUUUCGGUGCGAACUGGACGCAUCAUUCCGGUGCCGAAAGCCAACGAAGAAACGCACGACUACAAAACGAAGGGAACCUAUAUCGAGCGCGACAAGGACACGACGGCGGACGUCGUGAAGGAGAUCACCUUCCAGCCGGCCCUCUGUACGUUCGAGAUGGACAUAAUGCGGGAACAGGGCAUCGAGGAGGAUCGUGUUCCGUACAAAACUUAUUGGUAUUGAGCGUGUGUGAAUGUGUUGUGUUAAUAUAGGAUCGUAGAAGGAACA